AUGAAGAACAAGAAGGGUAAAGGGCGUCAAAAGAUACCAAUGAAAAAGAUUGAAAAGCAAGUCGAUCUAUAUUCUAUCUUUUCAAAGCAUUUUUCAGGUUUAUACAAAAAGGCUAGCGAACUCGUUAGAGAAUGCGAUGUUGAUAUCGGAAUGGUAAGCUUUCCUCAUUUUUUCACCCUACAAUUGAUGCAGUCAUUUCUCAUUUUCAGUAAUCCUGAUAUGCAAUUAAGUGAAAGUACUCAACUUGUUGCAGCUCAUGCUCGAGAUAGAGUGAAACGACUCAAUAGCAGGCUUGAAGAACUUGAUACCAUGAAAGAUGCUGAAUUUUUUCGAAAAAAUGUGUAUGAUGAACUGAUGAAAACUAUUGAGGAGCUCAACGCAGAGGAACUGACCCAACUUGAAGGUUGGUUGAAUAUGAUUGGUUCUGAUUUGCAGAAUCGUUUGAAUCAAUUGGAAAAAGAAGCUAAGCUUCAUCCUCUAGUUUGA